UCUCAUUCUUUAAACUCUUUUUGGUGGAAACUAGGAAACAGUCAAAAUGGUGAAGUUUACAGCGGAUGAGCUUCGUCGCAUUAUGGACUACAAGCACAACAUUCGUAACAUGUCUGUUAUUGCACAUGUUGAUCAUGGAAAAUCAACUCUCACUGAUUCUCUAGUGGCUGCUGCUGGUAUUAUUGCACAAGAAGUUGCAGGUGAUGUCCGCAUGACAGAUACAAGGGCUGAUGAAGCUGAGCGUGGUAUCACAAUCAAGUCAACUGGUAUCUCUCUUUAUUAUGAAAUGACCGAUGAAGCUCUCAAGGCCUACAAGGGAGAACGCAAUGGUAAUGAAUAUCUCAUCAAUCUCAUUGACUCCCCUGGGCAUGUGGACUUCUCUUCUGAGGUUACAGCUGCCCUUCGCAUUACUGAUGGUGCACUUGUGGUGGUGGAUUGUGUUGAGGGUGUCUGUGUCCAAACUGAAACAGUUCUCCGUCAGGCCCUUGGUGAAAGGAUCAGGCCUGUUUUGACUGUUAACAAGAUGGAUAGGUGCUUCCUCGAGCUUCAGGUGGAUGGAGAAGAAGCUUACCAGACAUUUCAAAGGGUUAUUGAGAAUGCUAAUGUGAUUAUGGCUACAUAUGAAGAUCCCCUUCUUGGUGAUGUUAUGGUGUACCCUGAGAAAGGAACUGUUGCUUUCUCUGCUGGUUUGCAUGGUUGGGCUUUCACUCUGACCAACUUUGCUAAAAUGUAUGCCUCAAAGUUUGGAGUUGAUGAGUCAAAGAUGAUGGAAAGGCUCUGGGGUGAGAAUUUCUUUGAUCCAGCCACCAAGAAAUGGACCACCAAGAAUUCUGGUUCUCCUACAUGCAAGCGUGGUUUUGUUCAGUUUUGUUAUGAACCCAUCAAACAGAUAAUUGCAACUUGUAUGAAUGAUCAGAAGGAUAAGCUGUGGCCUAUGUUGCAAAAGCUUGGGGUCACCAUGAAAUCUGAAGAGAAAGACCUGAUGAGUAAAGCAUUGAUGAAACGUGUCAUGCAAACCUGGCUCCCAGCAAGUAGUGCACUCCUGGAAAUGAUGAUAUUCCAUCUUCCCUCCCCCGCAACUGCCCAAAGGUAUCGUGUGGAGAAUUUGUAUGAGGGUCCCCUUGACGAUACUUAUGCAAAUGCUAUCAGGAAUUGUGAUCCUGAUGGCCCUCUGAUGCUUUAUGUCUCAAAGAUGAUUCCUGCAUCUGAUAAGGGUAGGUUUUUUGCUUUUGGGCGUGUCUUUGCCGGUAAGGUAUCUACUGGUUUGAAAGUCAGAAUUAUGGGUCCAAAUUAUGUCCCUGGGGAGAAGAAAGACUUGUAUGUUAAGAGUGUGCAAAGAACUGUCAUUUGGAUGGGAAAAAAGCAGGAAACUGUUGAGGACGUGCCUUGUGGUAACACAGUUGCCUUGGUUGGAUUGGACCAAUUUAUCACCAAGAAUGCAACUUUAACAAAUGAGAAGGACGUUGAUGCCCACCCUAUCCGUGCUAUGAAGUUUUCUGUCUCGCCUGUGGUUCGUGUUGCUGUCCAGUGCAAGGUUGCAUCAGAUCUUCCUAAGCUUGUUGAAGGUCUUAAACGGUUGGCCAAAUCUGAUCCUAUGGUUGUGUGUACUAUGGAGGAGUCUGGAGAGCACAUUGUUGCUGGUGCUGGAGAACUCCACCUUGAGAUCUGUUUGAAGGACUUGCAGGAUGAUUUCAUGGGUGGAGCUGAGAUUAUUAAGUCUGACCCUGUUGUGUCCUUCCGUGAGACUGUCUUGGAGAGAUCUUGUCGCACUGUGAUGAGCAAGUCACCCAACAAGCACAACCGUCUGUACAUGGAAGCAAGACCAACGGAGGAUGGGCUUGCAGAGGCUAUUGAUGAUGGCCGUAUUGGUCCAAGGGAUGACCCCAAAGUUCGUUCUAAAAUUUUGUCUGAAGAGUUUGGUUGGGAUAAGGAUCUUGCUAAGAAAAUCUGGUGUUUUGGACCUGAGACCAUGGGACCUAAUAUGGUGGUUGACAUGUGUAAGGGUGUCCAAUACCUGAAUGAAAUUAAAGACUCUGUUGUUGCUGGGUUCCAGUGGGCAGCAAAAGAAGGUGCAUUGGCUGAAGAAAACAUGAGGGCCAUCUGCUUUGAAGUUUGUGAUGUUGUUCUGCAUACUGAUGCUAUCCACAGAGGUGGUGGCCAGAUCAUCCCUACUGCAAGGAGAGUCUUCUAUGCUUCCCAGUUGACUGCCAAGCCUAGGCUUCUUGAACCUGUUUACCUGGUUGAAAUCCAGGCACCUGAGCAGGCACUCGGUGGCAUCUACAGUGUUCUUAACCAGAAACGAGGGCAUGUCUUCGAGGAAAUGCAGAGGCCUGGUACCCCAUUAUACAACAUCAAGGCAUAUCUCCCUGUCAUUGAGUCCUUUGGGUUCUCCAGCACAUUGAGGGCUGCAACAUCAGGGCAGGCUUUCCCACAGUGUGUUUUUGAUCACUGGGACAUGAUGUCAUCAGAUCCAUUGGAGGCUGGAUCACAAGCUGCACAGCUUGUUACUGAUAUUCGCAAGAGGAAGGGCUUGAAGGAGCAGAUGACUCCACUUUCUGAGUUCGAGGACAAGCUUUAAAUAUUUGGCCUACCCAUUAUGAAUCUAGCUGAGAAUUUAUGUUGAACCGUAAUAACCUGUUUUAAAGUUCAGAAUUGUGAUUUUUGUUUCCGUUAUUGUAUUUUGUUAUUUAAAUGUUCAAGGAAAAACUCUUCUUAUAUUGUAUUCAA